AUUUUAAUUUUGCAGCUGCAAAAGUAAAUGAAUUUUAUUUUGUAAUAAAUCUUCAAAGAAAUAAAUAAAAAUAUUCAACAAAAUGGAACAAACCAAGAAAAAUAAAAAAGAAGCCAAAGAUGAAAAACUUAAAGAUCAAAAGCUGGAAGAACAGAUUUUAAAAUCCUUGGAAGAGGCUAAGACACCAGAAGAUAAAUUUCAACUAUUGCUUAGCAAAUACAUUGAAAGUGAACGCACAAAUAGACGUGCCAAACAGGAUCUUAAGGUCCAUGAGAAACAGCUGGAGACAAUAAUGCGUGAAAAGGAAAAUCUACAGAGAGAAUACAAUAAAAAUGUAUUAAUGAGAGACAAACUGGAGGAGGUAUGCCGGGAACAGCAAAAACUUAUUAAAUCAGUUAAAAAUGAAAGUAUGCAAAAGAUACGCGAAGAGGAGGAGAGACGCAAAGAAAGCCAGUCAAGAUUUCAGAGUUCCUUGAAUGAAAUCAAUCAGUCUUUGAGUAAAAAUAAUGAGGAAAAUAAUAAAUUACGUGAUCAUAAUAUUGAAAUGACCAAAAAACUCAAAUUCCUGGCCGAACAAUAUCAGGCUCGUGAACAGCAACUGGAAAAGCUCAAUGAACAAGUGCAAUUGGAAUCACAAUUGCAUCAAGCCAAAUUAAGCAAAGUGCAAGUUGAAUCUGCCAUGGAAAAGGAAAUUCUUAUCAAGGAAAAACAAAUUGCCUUGGAAAAACUAAUGAACACACAAAAAAUGCUUAAAGAAAUCACCGAACGUGAAAAAGAACUAAAGGAGCAAUUGAAUAUCUACACUGCCAAAUACGAUGACUUCCAGAAUUCGUUGCAAAAAUCCAAUGACAUAUUUGCCACCUAUAAAGUAGAGCUGGAAAAAAUGUCGAAAAAUACCCGCAAAUUAGAAAAGGAAGCCAUGGAAUGGAAGCGUAAAUGGGAGAAGAGUAAUGCCACACUCAUAGAAUUGGCUACCGAGAAAAAAGAACGUGAUGAUCAUGCCAUACGCUGUAAUAAACAAGUUGAUCAAUUGCAAAAACUUUUAAGAGCCUUACAAAACGAACGCAGUCAUUUGUAUAAGGUGAUCAAAGAAAACAAUGUAGAAGUGCCACCAUUGCCAGCUUUACCCACAGAACCAGAGCCCAUGCAGACGGGACCCAUUAAUAAUGUGGCCGAUAAGGAUAAAAUGGAUAUGAUGUCUAAGAAUUGUGCUGAACUUAAGCAAACAUUAGCUAAUCUACAGAAUCAAAUGAAAAUCUUAAAUCUUAAAGGUGCCGAGGCCGAAGAACAAUGUAAACAAUUGCAGGCCCAAGAGGAAACUAUAAAAAAGAAGAAAAAUAAAAAAUCCAAAUCAAAAAAGAAUAAUAACAAUAAUAAGGAAUCCUCACCAGCCAUCUCAGAAGAUGCCACAAGUGUUAAGGAGGAAGAACAACAGGAAAUUGUCAAAUUAAAGGAAAAUGGUGAACAAAAUGAGACUUCACAGUCGGUGAAAGAUGAAAGCCCCGCUGUUACAACAGAGCCAAUUAUUGCAGUAGCAACUAAUUAAAGACUUUUUUCUUCCUGUAUUCAAACACACACACAAUUUUUCUCUUGCUCCUGUUAGGGAGUUUAGUAACAACUCCAUUACUUUUUUAUAUAUGGAUUUAUAUAGUUAACAGUUCAACUUUAAUAAAUUAAAAAAAAUCAUACGAAACGAUUAUAUUUCAUAAAAAAACCAUCCGAUUUUUCUAUAUAUUAUGAUAUUUUUUCAAAGGUUCUU